AUGGUCGCCACUGCGUGCCCUUUCCUUCGCCGGGCUCUGCUCUACGUCCCGGCGUCGUCAACCCGAAUGCUAUACAAAUCCCUCAGUCUCUCCUGCGACACCGUCAUCUACGACCUCGAGGACUCGGUGACGCACUAUGCAAAGAUUGAUGCUCGCGAUGCCCUCAACCAGCACUUAUCCCAACUAACCGAGCGGCCGGCCUCCAUCUCCGAGAUCGCCAUCCGCGUCAACAACGCCCGUUCUCCUUAUCUGGAGAAGGACCUCAGGCUUGCCGCGUCGAUUCCUCUCGUCGAUACCGUCGUGGUGCCUAAAGUGAACACCAUCGGCGACUUGAGGACUGUUUCCCACUUUCUGAAAAACUACGAGAAUAAGUAUUACAAAGAGAUACGCACUAAGCCCGUAAGGGUUAUAGCCUUGAUCGAGUCGGCGCGCGCUGUAAUGAACCUCUCGAAUAUCUGCCAAGGGCCGCGCCUUAACGGCGUAAUCUUUGCCGCCGAGGACUUCGCCCUCGACCUGUCGCUCACGCGGACGCCAGACAUGACCGAGUUCUUAUAUGCGCGGUCUGCCAUCGUGACAGCCGCCCGCGUUGAGAACGUCCCUAGUGUGAUAGAUUUAGCAUGCACAUUAUAUAAGGGGGGGGACGAGCUAGCGCAGCUAGAGGAAGAAUGCCGAGGCGGAAAGGCCUUGGGAUUCAAUGGCAAGCAGUGCAUCCACCCUUCGCAGGUCAAGACGGUACAGCGGCUCUUCUCACCCACCGAGAAGGAGGUUGAGUGGGCUGUCAGGGUUAAUAUAGCGAGCAAAAAAGCCACAGCUGCGAAAAUAGGGGCUUGGACCCUAGAUAAUAAAAUGAUUGAUGCCCCGGUUUCCGCCAGGGCGGCAGAAAUAGUUAAAAAGGCGGGAGAAUGUGGUAUAGAUGUCGAUGGACUACGAGAAAAGUGGAAAGAUGAAGAGCCUCAAUAA